AUGUUGUUCGUUGUGACUCUUCGGCGCCAAAUCGGUAAUGCCAAAACACAUAUCUGCGCCCCUUGGUUCCAUUCAGUAGCACUCUGCUAUCGCCUUAUCUAUCUAUCUAUCUAUCUAUCUAUCUAUCUAUCUAUCUAUCUCUGUUUUCGUCUAUCUAUCUAUCUAUCUAUCUAUCUAUCUAUCACUGCUUUCGUCUAUGUGUGCAUGUAUGUAUGUAUCUAUCUAUCUAUAACUUUAAAAACUUUUCUUUAUUUCUUUAUCUAUUUCUCUCUUUUUCUUUCUUUCUUUCUUUCUUUUUUCUUAUCGUUUUUAUUUCUUUCUUUAUCAUUUUUCAUUUUCUUUUUUCUUCCUUUUCUUUCUAUAUACUUUCCUCUGUUUACUUUUUCUUUCUUUCUUUACUCCUUCUUUUACUCUUUCUUUCUUUUUAACCACUUUUUUCUUCUUUUCUUUCUUACUCCCUUUUAUUAUUCUUUUUUUUUUCUUUCUGUAAUCAAUUUUAUCUUUUUCUUCGUUUUUUCAUUUAUUCCAAAUUUCUUUCACGCAUUUUUCUAUUUAUUUCAUUCAUUAAAACCUACAUUAAUUUCUUUCUUUCUUAUUCCUUUCUUUAUCGUUGUUUUCAUCCUUCGUCUUUCUUUUGUUUCUGUAAUCUUUCACGUUUAUUUUUUGCCACUCAUUUUUUUUUCUUCUCAAGUUUCCUUCUACACCCCUUUUCUUCUUCCUCAAUUUGUUUCCUUUAAAACAUUAUUAUCAUUGUCAUUGUGA